UCCUCUGUCCUUUUUUUUUUUUAAAGAGAGCCUUUGUGUCACUCCAUUUUUAGCUCCACUUUGCUAUGCUGUGCACAUUGUCACCCAGUGGAAAGCAGAGUAGUGGCAGUGGGCUUGGUCCUCAGGAAGCAGUUCAGUCCUGUUGCAUGCAGAACUCAGAGGGAGGGUCCGACACCACGACCAGCGUGGCAGCGCUGCGGACGUCAUCAUCAGCCCAGGCUCCUGUGGUACAGCCUGUCCCAGCUUCGCAGCAGAGGGUGCUGGUUCAAGCCACAGGCUCAGCUCAGAAGGGAGGACAAGUACAGCAGCUUUCAGUACCCAGGGUCCAACAGGUCCCUCAGCAGGUGCAGCAGGUGCCACAUGUCUACCCAUCACAGGUCCAGUAUGUAGGAGAAAGCGGAGACGCUGUUUAUGCCAAUGGAACUAUCCGAGCGGCCUACUCUUACAACCCUGAGGCUCAGUUGUACGGGCAGGGCAGUGGGGGAACCUACUUUGACUCUCAGGCUGGUGGAGCUCAUGUCACCACGGUGGUUUCGUCUGCCAGUGGUGGCGUGCCCCCUCACGGCAUGGUUGGCAUCACCAUGGAUGUGGGCAGCAGCCACAUCAUCUCCAGUGGGAGUACCUACCUGAUCCACGGAGGAAGUAUGGAGGGAAACCGCAACCACAUAUCACACUCGUCACGCUCCUCCUCAGCCAUGCUUGAAAUGGCGAUUGAAAACCUCCAAAAGUCUGAAGGAAUUGCAAGUCACAAAAGCAGCCUGCUCAACAGCCAUCUGCAGUGGCUGCUGGACAACUAUGAGACAGCAGAGGGAGUGAGCCUGCCCCGGUGCUCCCUGUAUAACCAUUACUUGCGGCACUGUCAGGAACAGAAACUGGACCCGGUCAACGCGGCGUCCUUCGGCAAACUCAUCCGAUCAGUCUUCAUGGGCCUGAGGACCCGCCGCCUCGGCACCAGAGGCAACUCUAAGUACCAUUACUAUGGCAUCCGGGUGAAGCCAGACUCACCGCUCAACCGGCUGCAGGAGGACACCCAGUACAUGGCCAUGAGACAGCAGCCUGUCCACCAGAAACAGAGGUUCAAGCCUCUCCAGAAGGUGGACAGCAUGUCUGACAGCCUGUGUGGGAGCUCUCAGCACUGCAGCAGCACUCCAGAGCAGUCAGUGGCUGCUCAGAGCCAGCACCACCAGCAGUACAUAGAUACAUCUCACACCUUGCCUCCGUUUCCUUCUCCUGACUUGGGCACGCAGCCUCUGCCUGAGCGCAUCAACAUGAACGAUAUCAAGAAGCUGCAGACGCUCUACAGAGACCACUGCGAGGCUACUUUGGAUGUGGUGAUGAACCUCCAGUUCCACUACAUUGAGAAACUCUGGCAGACCUUUUGGUAUUCAACACCGCCAUCUAGUGACGGGAGCACGACUAUUCCCAGCAGUGAUGAUGACCUGGAAGGUGUGAUUCCCAGAGAGAAGCUGGUGGCUCUGUGUAAAUACGAACCCGUCAGACUAUGGAUGAGAGGCUGUGACCACAUCCUCUACCAGGCGCUGGUGGAGAUCCUCAUCCCUGAUGUGCUGCGUCCUGUUCCCAGCACUCUCACUCAGGCCAUCCGUAACUUCGCCAAGAGUCUGGAGGGCUGGCUGACUAACGCCAUGACCAACUUUCCUCAAGAGAUCAUCCGCACCAAGGUGGCUGUGGUCAGCGCCUUCGCUCAGACUUUGCGGCGCUACACCAGUCUGAACCACCUGGCUCAGGCAGCACGCGCAGUCCUCCAGAACACCUCCCAGAUCAACCAGAUGCUCUCCGACCUCAACAGGGUGGAUUUUGCCAACGUCCAGGAGCAGGCGUCGUGGGUGUGUCAGUGUGACGAAAGUGUGGUUCAGCGCCUGGAGCAGGACUUUAAGGUCACCCUGCAGCAGCAGAGCUCUCUGGACCAGUGGGCUACCUGGCUGGAUAACGUGGUCUCUCAGGUCCUGAAGCCUCACCAGGGCAGCCCCAGCUUCCCCAAAGCCGCACGCCAGUUCCUGCUCAAAUGGUCCUUCUACAGCUCGAUGGUGAUCAGAGACCUGACUCUGCGCAGUGCUGCCAGUUUCGGCUCCUUCCACUUGAUCCGCCUGCUUUAUGACGAGUACAUGUUCUACCUGGUGGAGCACCGCGUCGCUCAGGCCACUGGAGAAACUCCCAUCGCUGUCAUGGGAGAGUUCAGCGACCUGAGCUCCAUGAUGCCGUCACUCAUGGAAAAAGACACGUCUUUCUCUGAUGAGAUGAGCGACCUGGGCAGCGACGCCGACGCGUCCAGAGGUCCGACUGAACCAGCUGUGAAGAGGGAGCGGAUCGAAAUGAGCCACCCUCUGCAGGAGAUGUGAGUCCGGUCUGAUUGGGGCCACAGCAAAAGUCACAUGGACCAGCAGCUGCCCCUGAAAUGUGGCUUUUGGGGCCUUUGGGGACGCAGCAGCUCUCGGGCUGAGCGUCCUUCUGCAGUCAGUGUGUGCAAUGUACAUAGAAAACGAGUGUAGCAACGUCAGUCCUCCCCUCACUAGCGUUUUAAAGACGGCGGUCUUUCUCUCAUGAAGCUCACACGUCUAUUUCUAUUUUUUUUUUUUUUUUUACUCACAGGGGUGUAACACAGGUCUGACUGUCUUUCUGUUUUUGUUGCAACUGUGAAUGACUUUGUGCAGUAUCUUUUGUUGGAUGUGUAACUUUGAGUGGUGGUGUGUGGUGUUUGUGAUUCAUCUUCUCCUUUUUUUUUCUUUUUUUUUUAAAAACAAAACAUUUUACCUAGCUGUGCCAUAGUGUCAUUUGAGUGCCUUAGAUCGCUAACUCUGAAACCACCACUACAGAUGUCUAUCUGUCCCUCAGCUGUGCCUCUACCGCAGUAUGAAUGUAUCGUCUCCAAACCUCAGACAUUCAAAGCACCUUUAACAUUGAUUAGGUGUAGGCGUGUUCUCCUUGUUGCCUCCGCUGCAGCUCGUAGCAAACACAUGGGAAAUAAACAAGUAACCACAACAUGCAACCUACUGACCCAAAGGACCUUUCCCUCAGUCGUACCCACCAGCUUAGCCACGGUUUGGCUCCGUUCGUCAGGCAUUAGGACCUCAUAGUGUCGCAGUAGUCAGGGAGGCAGGGAGCUGCUCCCCUGGCUGUUCAACAUGUUGGUUUGUUUACCUCAAUAGAAUUUUAUGCUGUUCUCUGUUCAGCUCAGAUGACAUGAGGCAAAUAUUUUUCAAAAAGAAAAGAAAAAAUGUAGCCACUGUCCUGUUUCGUGUCCCGUGUAAAUACCUCUCCUCGAUCCUUUCACACGGUUUCCAUCCGGUGAUAGCUCCGCGCUGUCGUUUUCUCAGCUGCCGCACAGUUGGAACAAAUCCAGAAUAAUCACUUUAGCGGGGACAGGACGCUGAAACCCGAACUGGAAUCUGGUCCGUCUCAAAGUUAGGAAGCUACGUCGGCAUACGUCAGAGCGUCGGACCUGCAAACCAAAACCCUACAAGAGGAUCUCGUUGGCACCUGAGCCGGCACGCUCGUCCCCCAAUUCAGAUACUUGGACCUCAUGCAGCUACUCAGAUAAAGUCUUAUGUUCUGUUUGAAUUAGAUAGAAGAAUACAGUGCGUUAUCUGGGGAAUUUGUCCAUAAUAAAUUAUAUAUAUAUAUAUAUAUCUUUAUAUGAUGUAGACAGUGCGUGCUCUGUGGCCUUCGGUCUUUGCCUAAUCUCUCUCCUCAUGCUGUACUUUGGUCACAUCGUAACAGAGAAAACCUGCUUUGGUGUGUAAUUGACUAGACUGUGUGAUAAAUUUGUUUCCAAUCUCAAAUGUUCAAUGUAUGAAAUUUAAUUAUUACUGCGGCGCUGCUGCUCCCCAGUAAGCUAUUAAACUGUCACAAGAAAAAACUUCUAUUUAUAUGAACUAAUCUGAUUUGAAGAUCUUGAGCUUUGUGUUGAAAUCGGUUCAGUUGUUUCUUUUCUUUCCCUUCUCCUCGUUUCCCUCCCGGAUGUUUUUGUCGUAGCGAUGAGAAUCCUCGUGAUCGGUUUAUUUAAGGCUUUUUGUAACUUGUGCCUGUCACAGUAAUUUGCCUUAAAGUGCUUUGGAGAAAUCAUUUCUAUGUGUACUUUGUAAUGUUUUGUAAGGCUGUUUUAGACUUUUUGGCGGAGGAUUAUUUUUUAUUGAACUAGAUUUGGUUCUUCUUACAAGUAUACUGAACCCUUAUUUUUGUGUAUUUUUAAACCUGUUCUUGACUACACUUUAACUAGCCCAAGGACAGAUGAUGGUCUGUAAUAAACUGCAUAGUUCAGCUGUAUUUUGUACUUGGUCACAACGUGUAAUAAAUUGGUGUAAACCAAA